UUUCCUUUCUGCUAAAUGAAAAGCUUUGAUAUAACAGGACGUGGGUAGUGUCUCUGAGUGUUAUUAUCUCAAUACUGUAGCCUAUCUUCUCUGCCAUUGAUUGUAAAAUGAGCGCUUCUUUCACAACAGAUAUGGAAGUGAUGCUGAAAGCACUUGAGUGUCACUUUACAUGGGGAAUAGAAAAGGCUGACAUCAAGGACCGGGACAGCCUCCCUGAAAAACUUCUGGAUCGCAUCAUGAAGUUCAGCACUUCGAACCAUGCCACAUAUUUCAACUUACUAGCCUUUCUGAGCCACCUGGAGGAAAACAAUGUUUGUGCUCUUGAGUAUCUCCACAAGGCUGAGAGUGCAUUGAAGAAUAGACAGGAUGAUACAGAGUUACUGGUAACCUAUGCUAACUUUGCAUGGGUUCACUAUCACUCAGGGAACAUGAAUGAUGUGGAUGCCUACAUUGGAAAGCUGGAAAACAUCAAUAAGGGUUUUACGACUGCUAUUCAAGGCAGUUUACCUUCAAUACAUGGUGAGAAGGCUUGGAGUUUUCUAAGGCUUGGGGGGCUAUUUUACAAGGGGGCAAAGGAGAGCUUUCAGAAAGCUCUUAAGGGAGAACCAGACAAUGCAUCCUUCAACGUGGGCUAUGCCCUGGUCCUGUACAGGUUGGAGGGGUUAGCCAUGGAUGGAACAGAGAGGUUGGAGCAUACUGAAGGUGCUACUCAGCUAAGGAAAGCCUUAUCCUUAGAGCCUGAUAACACUGAAGUUAUGGUCCUGCUGGCCAGGCAGCUUCAAAACCAAAGUAGAUAUGAGUCCAUGAAACUCAUCAAAGAGGCCCUCAGACUGUCUCCUGACGUGCCUCACGUCACACAUUACUUGGCCGAGUAUUUCAGAUACGCGGGCAUCAAUGAGUCUCUGGAGGUUUUGGAGAAAGCUCUCGAACUGUCUGUAAACUCCCCCUUCAUGAAUUACCAAAUCGGCCAGUGUCACAAAAAUCAGUUCAACCAGAUGUCUGAGCAGAAGAGGAAAGGGAGAUGGGUCAACGCACGCCAGAUAAAAGAGAAGAUGGAGCUCUGCAUCCAUCACUUCUCCAGAGCUGUGGAACUGAAGCCAUCCAACUUUCAAUUCAGGUUGAACCUGGCUGAGGCUUACGGAGAACACUACCAGCUGGAGGAGGCGAUGAAGAUCUUCACCAACCUGCUGAAAGAUGAGACCCUUAGUGACUCAGACAAGCAGCAAUGCUACACCAUCUUCGGACAGUUUCUGUUCUUCAAGAAGAAAGACGAGGAUGGUGCUGUGACCCAGUUCAAAAAGGCCUACCAGAUUCCGAUUGAGAGUUGGUUCAGGAAUAAGGCUGGGAAAAAACUGAAGCAGAUAGCAGAGUGGUGUCAGGCUAACAAGAAGAGAGUUGGGAUUUUGGAAUUCCUCGCAAUUGAAGACAAAAAAGGCAGGAAGGCUGAAGAUCCAAGUAGAGUCGAGGUGCACUCUCCAGACACAGAUGACCUUACAGAUGCCCUAGGCAAAGGAAUGAAACUGAAAUGAUUUAGACCGGUGUUGGUUGUUAGAGUGCUAAUUACUCCCAAUUGAAAUGGCGCUGUGUAAUAAUUUGAAGGUUAAAAUGUAUGAAUUUGAAAAAACUCAUCCACCUGGUCAAUUUAUGUCAACACGACAAAACAUUGUGGUGAGAGGAAUUUGUGUUUUUUAUAGGUGAAAGUAAAAAAAAUGUAUGACAUUUUCUUUGUAAAUGUUUGAAUUAUCAGAGUAUCCAUGAACAAAUGAUGUUUGAUGAAAAGAGGAAAGGGAGAGAUAUUUAAAUUCCUAGGUCAAGCCAUGUGGUAACUAACAUCUUAAUUAGCAUUGAGGGGUGGUGUAGUUGGGGAUGGUUGUCACAUGGAAUAUUGGGUUGGUUGUCACUUUCAACCCCCGGUAUACAAUAAAUUGAAAGCUAUUUUGUUCUUGUGAUAUAAAGAGCUCCCUUUGUUGCUUUUCUCUCAAACACACAUUUUUCUGUCACACACACACGCAUGUGCAAGCAUGCAUACACACACACACACACAAAUUCACUGAAAAUGUCACAUGUUAUCCUCACGGCAUAAAAUGCUGAAUUUUGUUAGAAAUAUUGUUCGAUCAAAUAAAGGAAUAAGCUACUAGCAAAUAUUGUGACAGCCAACCCCAUACUGUGUGACAUGCAAAUCCACAAUGGGACUGGUUGUCACAAGUGGACAGAGUGUGUUUGAUGGCUUUUAACUCCAUGUUGGGAUAAGAUAAGAGGAUAAAAAAAGGUCCCCAUUUCAACCCUUGACCUUGGUCUUUCUCCUAACAUCGAAAAGAGUCUUGUAAGAUAUACUGGUGCUGAGAAAUACACAUACUGUUACACAACACAUGGCUUAUUGGAGUACUGGUACAUGCUAUUUAAUGGUUUUAAUCAUAAAGUGUAACAGUAACUUCAAGUUGCGUGCAUGUUUCUUAUGUUUGAUUUUUUGUGUAAAAAUUGCAACAAAACUUUUUUGAAUUAGAAUGUUUUACUUUAGGAAAACAAGUUUUUAUGUCUUUGGAUGUGUCUCCUUUCAGGUAGUUGAUUAGAUAUCUUCACCGACCGUUCAUCUGUUGUUGCUCUUCUAACUGGAAUUAACAUUGUGAAAGAUAUAAUAAAACAUACUGCCAUAAAAGUGAUGAUCUUUGAGCUUGUUAACGUGCUUCUUUCUACUUUUCUCCAA